AGAGCUGAAGACGUUGUGCCACUUGGACGGCCUAGUUAUCCAGCUAAGCUAAAACAAUCUCUACAUUUAGCUGUUUCUACCUGCAGUUUUACAGAGAAUCUUAAAUCAGUUCAAUUAAAAACAGCAUUUGGAGAGGAUUAACUCACUGAUCCUGAGGGAUAAUAAAAAGAUAAAAAAAAAAAUACAUUAGUUGUACUAUGACUGGUCAAGAAGAAACUCAGACAGACCUUCACCACUGCUUAGAGUGUGGAAAGAGUUUUAGUCAAGAGAAGGAUCUCACAGCACACCAGCGCAUCCACAGACAAGACAAACCACAUCAGUGCUCACAGUGUGGAAAGAGUUUCAUUUAUAAAAGUGGUCUGCAACAACAUCAGCGCACUCAUACAGGAGAGAAGCCGUAUCAGUGCUCACAGUGUGGAAAGAGUUUCAUUUAUAAAUGUCAUCUCCAACAACAUCAGCGCACUCAUACAGGAGAGAAGCCAUAUCAGUGCUCACAGUGUGAAAAGAGUUUUGCUAACAUGAGAAAUUUGAAAGCACACGAGUAUAUCCACAAAGGAGAGAAGCCACAUCAGUGCUCACAGUGUGAAAAGAGUUUUGUUUACGUAAGAAAUUUGAAAGCACACCAACGCAUCCAUGAAGUAAAAAAUCCCUAUCUGUGCUCACUGUGUGGAAAGGGUUUUAUUAACAGGAGUCAACUUCAACGGCAUCAACAGAUUCACACUGGAGACAAACCGUAUCCCUGUUCACAGUGUGGGAAGAGUUUUAAUCAAAAGGAUUCUCUCCAGCAACAUCAGCGCAUUCACACUGGAGAGAAACCGUAUCAUUGUUCCCAGUGUGGAAAAAGUUUUACUCAAAGGCUCUAUCUUCUGCAACAUCAGCGUAUUCACUCUGCGGAGAAGCCAUAUUACUGCUUAGAGUGUGGGAAGAGUUUUAGUAACUUAAGCAAUUUCCAACAACACAAGCGCAUUCACACUGGAGAAAAGCCGUAUUAUUGCUCCGUGUGUGGAAAGAAUUUUACUCAAAACGGCUCUUUAAAAAACCAUCUACGCACGCAUACUGAAAGGAGAGGAAAAAAGUAUUCUCAAGGUACAGUACAUGCCCUUGGGGGGCUGCUUUAGGGCCACAAACUGGGAUGCACUAUGUAAAACACAUGGUGAGGACAGUGAUGGACUGAUUGACUAUUAUAAUGGUGCACUGAGGUUUGGAGAGCAUGAAUCAAUUAAAUACGGGGCAAGGAGUAGCUCCGUGGUUAAGGCAUUGGACUACGAUUUGAAAGAUCCCAGGUUCUAACCCCGCAAUCACCAAGUUGCCACUGUUGGCACUCUUGAGCAAGGCCCUUAUCCCACAACUACUCGGAUGUCUAAUGAGAUAAAAAUGGUUUCAAAUGCCUGGAGGAAUUGGAACUGUGACAGCUUCCUCGGUCUGGCCUUGCUCUGUAGCUCUAAUAAACAUGACAAAACAUACUAUAAUGACAUCUUAAGCUCAUUGCCACCCACCCCUCUUUCCUAGCUUACCUCUGUUCCCUGGUUGCUUGACCCUUUGCGUUUUGUCAUCAGAACCAUAUAGACGUGGAUGAUGCAGUAAUUAACUUGUUGCAUAAAGCUUACUCAAACCUGCACCAUGGUCAGGAUUAUGUUUAUUUAAUGUGGUUGUUGUAUUUUUGACAUGUUUUGAAAUUAGUGCCAAUUGUAAUUGAUGCCUGCCAAAAUAAUAAACAAUCUAGUGCCGUUUUUAGCUUGGAUGCUACUGUAUGAAGGCUUUUAAUAGACUGGACUGGAAUGAUUUUAUUUGUGGGCUGUACUUGGGAGAUUUGGGUUUGGACCUUCUGUCAUUCACAUGAUUCAAACACUUUACUCCAACCCCACAGCAUGUGUCUCUACUGGCCAUAUAGUUUACUGUUUACCAUCCAGUCCAGUAGGGGGCAGUGAAACACCCAACUAAAAGACAAAGAAGAACAUCUGAAGCCGUUGUGUUACUUGGACGGCCUAGUUAUCCAGCUAAGCUAAAACAAUCUCUACAUUUAGCUGUUUCUACCUGCAGUUUUACAGAGAAUCUUAAAUCAGAUCGAGUUCAGUUGAAAACAGCAUUUGGAGAGGAUUAACUCACUGAUCCUGAGGGAUAAUUUAAAAUUCAAAGGCCUUAUUUGUACUAUGACUAGUCAAGAAGAAACUCAGACAGACCUUCAUCACUGCUUAGAGUGUGGAAAGAGUUUUCUUCAAGAGAAGGAUCUCACAGUACACCAGCUCAUCCACAGACAAGACAAACCACAUCAGUGCUCACAGUGUGGAAAAAGUUUCAAUUAUAAAUGUCUUCUUCAACAACAUCAGCUCACUCAUACAGGAGAAAAGCCGUAUCAGUGCUCACAGUGUGGAAAGAGUUUUAGUCAAGAGAAGUAUCUCACAGCACACCAGCUCAUCCACAGCCAAGAAAAACCACAUCAGUGCCCAAAGUGUGGAAAGAGUUUCAUUCAUAAAUAUCGUCUCCAAAAACAUCAGCUCACUCAUACACGAGAGAAGCUGCAUAAGUGCUCAAAGUGUGGAAAGAGUUUUGCUAACAUGAAAGAUUUGGAAUCACACUAGUACGCCCA